AUGUGGUCGCUGACGCUCCUCGUUUCGCUUUUCGUGGGCGCUGUCGUGGCACAGUCCAACGUGACGGUCUUGGACAAUGCGCGUAACGUCUCUUAUGUAGGACUCAGCUUCCAGGGCACCGAAAAGUUCCUGGGCAUCAACUAUGGUCAGGAUACAUCGGGGGCCAACCGCUUCAAGCCUCCCCGGGCCUUCAACUAUCCUACUGGCACCACUGUCCAAGCCACGACCGCUGGGGCAGCCUGCCCUCAGAACACCAUUCUGUCGUUUCUAGGUGCCAUCCGCGAAAACCCAGGUGUCUUCAACAUUUCUGAAGAUUGUCUGAGUCUUCAGGUCGUUAGACCGACAGGAACUAGACAGAAUGCGAAUCUUCCGGUGAUGGUUUGGAUCUACGGUCAAGGAUUCGAAUCGGGCUCGUACAAUUACUCGCUCUACAAUCCUACUGCUCUGGUGGCCGGCUCCGCAGCCAAAGGCACACCUGUGAUCUAUGUGGCCAUGAAUUACCGUGUCAAUGUAUUUGGGUUCGCCAACAGUCCAGCACUCAGGUCAGAGGGAUCACUCAAUGCUGGUCUGCUCGACCAGAGACUGGCACUCCGCUGGGUUCAAUCGAACAUCGCGGCCUUUGGCGGGAACCCAAGGAAUGUCACCAUCUUUGGAGAAAGUAGCGGUGCCACUAGUGUAGGAUUGCAUCUAACUUCGAACGCUGGCAACGGGACUGUUCCUUUCCGCCGGGCCAUCCUUCAAUCUGGUGGUCCAGCGGGCGAUCCAGGCCUGACUGGAAAUGCCACCGUCAUAAACACGGCUGCAGUCGCCCAGCUGGCUGGCUGUACAGCCACCAACGACAACCUUGUCUUGGCAUGUCUUCGUGACAUACCCGCGGUCUCUCUCUUGGACGCUGUUCUCCAGUUCGAGAACACCACAGCGGCAAGCGGUACGUUCCAAGACAUCUUCUUCCCGACCGUGGAUGGAAGCUAUGUGCCUGCCGCGCCGUCAAUGCUUCUUCGCACAGGUCGCUUUCACAAGAACAUCUCGAUCAUAUCCGGGUGGAAUGGAAACGACGGCAGCAUCUUCGCACCGCCCACAUUGAACGGCUCGACCGCCGUCCAGGCAUAUCUUCGCUCGGCAUAUCCAAAUCUCAACUCUACCACGAUUUCAACCCUCCUGUCCUUUUAUCCACUUGGCGGCUUUAUGGCUGCGGCGCAGACAUUGACGAUUUCACCGUAUUUCCUCCAGGCCUCGCAGAUCUACCGCGACGUCAACUUCGCAUGCCAGUCCCUCGAUGUGGCGCACCGCGUCGCCCAAGGCGGUAGUGCCAGCUACCUCUACGUUCUCAACACGACGUCCCUUGCCAGCGUGCUGUCCCUGUUCAACGCCAGCUUCGCAGGAGUUAUCCACUUUUCCGACGUGCCAUUCGUGUUCAACCAGCCCAACGUCGGCUUUGGGACCACGGCCGCGGCGAAUCUGACAGCAACAAGAAUGUCUGGCAGCUGGGCCCGAUUCGCGUCGACGGGCAACCCCAGCGGUAACCCCGAUGUGACGCUGGCAGGAUGGACGCAGGCCUACACGCGGUCUGAGGCCGCAGAGACAAGCCAGAACGUCACCAGCGCGACCGUCAGGGUGAUCGGUGGCCCGGAUGCAGGAAGUGCAAACCUGUCCACGAGCGCGAGAGAUGUCGUCGAGCCAGGCCUGCUGGAAAAGUGUGCUUUCAUCAACUCGGCGGCAUUCUACCAGCAGCUGCAGACGUAG